AUGCUCCCUCGAGCGCCAAGCGAAGAGAGUCUUCUGACUCUCAUCUCAGCGGCACAGCUGACACUGCAGCGACAAGCCAACCCAUUUUCAGGCGACGAAUCUUCCAUUUGGUCUGCUGAGUCCGAAGAGACUUACCUGAUUGGCUCAAUUCCGCUUUUCGGAACCAGAAUCGCUGCUUACACAAGGAUAAGAGAGUUGCCCGUUUUGGCAGGAAACUUGAAGUCUGAGCUAGCGUGCUACUUAUCUACGGGUGCUAUCAAGGAAGGGAAAUCGCCCAUCCUCACGGUGCAUUCCAACAAGUUCCAUUUUUUGGCUCGCAAUGCUCCUCUUCUUACCAUUUGCCGCAACGGCGCCGAAUUCUGUAAAGUGUACUUCAAGAUCAUUGCCAACAACUUGACAUGCUACGUGCUUAUCUUUGAUCAGGGCGAGAAGUUGUUCUUGUUUAACAAUGCUAUUAAGCCCUGCCUGGAUACUGUCUACAAGGGAACGAAGAUCCGGAUAAUAGGUGCUUCUGGUGCUGCAUCAACCUACGGCAACGGCCACAUCAAAGCGUUUGCUCUUUCGGAUAGAUCACCAGUUUUAUGUGACGGUCUUGUUCCUCCAGAGGACGGGGCCACCAUAAAGGACGUGAAGAUCAAGUUUCUCGAGGAGAGCCCGCUAUACCAUGCUGUCACCAAACAGCGGAAGUCCCAAGUGUCUCAGAUUCUAGCUCUGGCUGAGCCUCUUGUAAACUACCCCGUGGCCAGCUUCCUAGAUCACGGCAAGCAGAAGGUCGAUGGGGUCAAGUUGGAUGGUGCCAUCCGCAUUUUUGAGGCUAAUGUAGGCGACGAAGACGACAUCAGUCGUGAUACGUUGGUGAUCACGGCAAUGAUGUUGGUCUUGACUGAGCAGGAGGUGAGGAAGAUGAGAGGCAACAAUAAGCCAUCGUAUGUGAGGCAUCCGGAGCACGUUUCAUGA